CGCUUUAGCAAAGUGUGACUCCUUGCCUCAUAGCAAAAGGAAACAGACAUCCGCACACACACGAGAGUCACUGCUCUUGCCCAAAGAGAGCCAGCCCCAGCCAGCAGCUAUGCACAGCUGCUGUUGAUGGCCAGCGGGGGGAACGGGACGACACCUGCAUUGGCAAGUGACAGCAAAGAGAUGGACCUGCAGCCUCUUUCACUGUCGUCCACAGGGAGCUCCCUCCAGUCCCUCCGAAUUUACAGCCUGCCUGCCUGGGUGCUGGAGGAUUUCUGCCAGAAGAUGGACUGCCUGAGUGACUAUGACUGGAUGCGAUUCGCCUCUUAUGUGAUAACGGAUCAGACAGAGCUGAGGAAAAUCAAGUGCAUGGAGAAGACGGGAAUUAGCAUCACACGAGAGCUCAUGUGGUGGUGGGGAGUGAGGCUUGCAACAGUCCAGCAACUACUAGAACUACUGCAGGGACUGGAGCUCUACCGAGCAGCACAGGUCAUUCUGGACUGGAGUUCGUCCUCCAAUGUUACUGAUCCUGUGAAAGCUCCAUUAGAGCCACCUAAGCAGGAGCACAUAUCUUUAUCUCCUACAGAAAACAAAAGUAAAGCCAAAGAAAAUGGGAUUGGAUCAUCUUCCCUACCAGACUUGACAUACCUGCCAAAACCAUCGGCUAGUCCUGUUUUUAGGGAAAGUGCCUGCUCACUCCCAUGUCCACCACCUCCCCCAGGUGACCUUAUGAACUCCCUACAGUCAAACAUCCCAUCAAGUGUAAAGCCUUGUGGUUCUACCACUCAGCAGGAAACAAAUGUUGAUCUCCCCAGUGAAAGCCUUUUGUGGACUUCAGGGGAGGUGAUAAAUGCUACCCAGGGUUUCUGGAAAGAAAACAGAAUUAAUGAAGGCAUUUUUGCUGAUGUCUACAAAGGUCAGAGAGACAAUGCAGUAUACGUCAUUAAAAGGCUUAAAGAGAUGGAAUGUACAAGUCCAAAUUCAACCCAAAGAUUCUUUCAUACAGAAGUACAGAUUUCUUUUCGGUGUUGUCACAUUAAUAUUUUACAGCUCCUGGGGUUCUCAGUAGAAACUGGAUUCCACUGUCUGAUAUAUCCAUACCUGCCUAAUGGAUCACUGGAAAACAGAUUACAGUGCCAAGGUGGUUCCAUGCCAUUAACUUGGGAGAAACGCAUCAGCAUUGCCAUAGGAGUUAUCCGGGCCAUUCAGUAUCUACACAACUUUGGGAUUCUCCACGGGAAUGUCAAGAGCUCCAAUGUUUUGUUGGAUGAAAACUUUACCGCAAAGCUUGGACAUUCAGGUCUCCGACUGUAUCCUGUGGAUAAAAAAUCAGAGUAUGCUGUGAUGAAAACCAAAGUCUUGCAAGCUUCCCUUGCUUACCUGCCAGAAGAUUUCGUCAGGCAUGGACGGCUAACAGAAAAAAUUGACAUAUUUGGAUGUGGAAUAAUUUUGGCAGAAAUUCUGACUGGUCUUCGGACAACAGAUGAAGGAAGACACCCCAUAUACCUGAAAGACAUAAUUGCUGAGGAAAUUCAACUAGCAAAGGAACAGUUACACUCCAAAGACAGAGCAUUUGAAAAGCUAGCCGCCAAGGAAAUAUGCUCUAAAUAUCGAGAUGGGAAAGCAGGGCAUGUGCCAGAAGAAAUUGCCGUUUCUUUUGCCACUGCCCUCUGUCUUUGUUUGCGGAAAAAGAAUUCCAACAUCACAGAGGUGCUUGGAAUCAUGGAAAUGAUUGAACAUAAAUCAAGAGAUCACAGCUUACUUGAAGACAGCGCUUUUUCUGGAUUCUCCAUUAAUACUCCAGAAGAAACUGAUGAUGAGACAGCCUGCCUCAGCCUCAAUGGCUCAAGUGACAACAGUGAGGACAGUGCAAGACCAAGGUCCCUGAACUGUGCAAAUUCAUCCCCACCUUUAAUAAGAAUUAGGCCUCCUGAAGUUUACAAUGGACAUAUGACAAGGGUCCCUUGCGAAUCAGACGAAUCAGGUAGUUUUGUUUGGGAUCCUAUGGAAGGUUCUGCCUGUGGCCCAUCUGCUACUGGCUGCACCCAUCCAGAAAAUGCCAUGCCCUCUGAAUCCAGGAAAAAUGAUGAAGUAUGUGCUGAAAGCUUCCAAAAGAGAAAUGCAGUAUGCCACGAAAGUCAGAACCGCUUGGAAAUGGCGUCUCUUGCAAACAGAAAUACAAACCCCGAUCCUUCAUGUUCUUCACAAGCAUUAACCAAAGAAACCUCUUGGGAAAUAAGGAUCAAUGAUCAGAAAAAGAAGCUUAUGGAAAAUAUUUUACUAUAUGAAGACGACAAAUUAAACAGCUCUGAACUCUUUGAAUCUUAAACUUGAUAAAAUUAUCUGCAAUGGCCAUCUCUAAAGAAGAAAUUAAGAACAUUUUUCUAUUAGCAAGAUGAGAAAAGCCAAACUGCACACUUCAGAUACCUUAGCCCUCUUCGGAGAAAAAGAAUGUGAUCACAUAUGAGAUUAUUCCAAGAAAAUGGCAGCUACAGUGUAGAUUAAAGCAAAAUGUACUAGGACCUCUGUAAAUUAGCAACGGCCUCUUUCUUCUCCCGUGACGGUGCUGGGAAGCUAAAUUGUUUAAACUGGAUCCAGACUCUUGUCACUGAACCUUGCAAGUCCAUCUGUAUGUACUGUAUUUCUUGUAUUAAAAAUUAGGAUCCUGGAAUCUCUGAGGUAAGAAUUGAUCAUUUGGUAGUUGACAGUACUCUGUACUGCCAGUUGCAUCUAAAAAAAAAAGAAGUUAAGACUUUAAAAGAAAAGGAAACUGGUUUUGUUUUUCAAAACAAAGAAACCCAGUGUACCUAAUUUUAUGCGACUGUGUUUCAUAUCUUGGAAAAUGGAUCCAUCCUUUUUUUAAAUUAAGCCUCUGCUAAACUCCAUAUGACUUAAUCUCAAAUUACACUGGCCUGAAAAGAGUUUUCUGUAAACUCUGCAACUAUACAAUUGUCUCUGAAGCCUCAGUCCUGUAUAAAUCUUUCUGUGUCUGUUUUAUUGCCUGAAAGGCUACCUCCUGGGGUAUUUUGAGUGUUAACUCAUUGUUGUAAAGUGCUAUGAUGGCUGUUAAUGUAAUUUGUUUCAUACUUUUGCUUUUGUUAUAAGUUUUGCAUUAUAGUGCAAUUUAAUAUUUAAUUUAAAACCUAUUUAAUUUUUCAUGUGAUACUUGAAUUUGGAUUUAUAAGCUUCUGGUGGGGUCGGUUAGCUAAAAAGAUUUUUAAUGGACAUUAUCUUGCCAGGAAAGUACCCGCUUCCAGUGUGAAUUAGCUAUGAACUGCAGAAUGAGGUUCAGCAUUUAUAAUCCUUUGAAGAGGAAAAAGCUAAGUAUUAUAACAAGUGCCAAUAGUAUCUAUUUUAGCAUCAGCUUCUCCACUAGUGAUCUCCACUCUAACCAAAGGGGAAAAUAACUUUAUAACCUACAUGAAGGAUCACCAGAAUUGUAUUUCUCAAGUUACUGCUACUGUAGCAAACAGCAUUUGACUUAUUUGAUGUGGACUGAGUGUGGAUUUAAUCAUAUAUCUUCUCAACUUUAGCAGGAAUUUUCUUCUAGUAAGGAAUGUAGGAUUGGCUUUUAUAUGUUAUUCUUCCUUUGGAAUUACUGAAAGGUGAAAUUCUUCUAGAUUGAUCAUAGUGUAUUAUAUAAUACGCUCUGUGCCUUCCAUAGCUAUAAAGUAUGCAACACACCAAAGCAAACAAUGACAAUUUAACUUGUGCUGUGGACAUCACAAUUCUACACUAGUUUUUCAGGGAAAUAUUUACACUAGUUUUUGACGUAAGUUCCUGAGUUUAACUGCAUAGAUAUCCAAAGCCUUAUAUUGAUGCAUAUUUUUAUAUAUUUUUUUAUAUUUAAAUUGCUGUAUGCUCUAGGUUUUAAAGUAUAGAAAGAAAAUACUAAGCAGUGCUGACAGUUUCAUAAAGAAUUACCAUUCUAUUUAUUAGAGUUGAAAACAUUUUUAACUAUAUUUUAUUCCGGUGAGAAAUAGGGAGGUGGAAACGUUUUGAAAGGAUGCAUCAAUUUCAAUUUCACUUGCAUCAAAAAAGCUACUGAGCGCCCAAAUGGAAUCUCUUGCAACAGCCAGGGAGAGAAAGCUGAACUGAAGAUCUGUUCUUUUGCACAAAAGAUAAUUAUGUCAAAAUGCUGUUGAAAGGUAUUGUUCUCAUUCCAAUGUAGAAAUAAAAAAAAAAUUAAAAUCUAAA